GCAUUUUUCAUUAUGCUUUAUUAAGUUUAGUUUGCAGGGUGUUUUGUACUAAUUUUCUGUGAGUCUAGUAUUGUUUUGUUGUAAUGCACGUCUUUCUGUUAUAGAAAGAAAGUAUGACACACAAUUCGUAAGAAGAUAGUAGUCUUGACAUUGUUAGUCACUGUCAGGUUUGUAAUGUGAUUUGCACUGAAGUUGUAAUGGAAGGUAAAUAACCGUCUGGGAACCAUGAUGCAGUGCUUUACAGUUCGCUGGGUUGGCUGUUGGACGACUGCGAUAGUUGUCUCUGCUAAACCUGUUAAAUUUCUUGGACCGAGACGCGGUCUUGCCGGUUGGUACUACCGAUCUUGUGUAAAUGUUAACUGGAAUCCCACUGAAAGGAUCCGCUUCUCCGGUAGUUGGCGGAGUUACUCCGAUCACCGAGUGGCUGUUGCUCCGUUCACAACAGUGGAACCAGGCAAGGACGAGCAGUUUGUUUUCCAAGAGUACGCAGACCCUGAAAAGGAGGGUGAUCCCGUAGAAGUUGAGCGUCUUCUCCAAGAGUCUUUACAGCAAUUUGAAAGCAAGGACGCGGAACAAAGUACUGGAAUAGCAAACCUUAUAGAAAGACUGCCUGUUUCCUUUCAGCAAGAUGUAAGCGUAACCCAGCCAGCUGCUGAUAAAUGCAGGCAGUCUAAGAGGACUUCUCGGGUAAAAGAGAAAAAAAGACAGCCGGGGAUAUAUGGCAACCCAGCCCCGGACGUUCUUGCUAGUGACAUCUGUUGUUCUGGCUGUGGGGCAGUGAUGCACUGCAGAGAUCCAGGGAUGGCGGGGUACCUUCCCAGUGAGACGUAUUUGGCCCUCCAAGAAGAAGGUGCCCUCCAUCAAGCAGUAUGUCAGCGUUGCUACCUUUUGGUGCAUUAUCGCCGGGCGCUUGAUAUCACUGUUUCCAAGGAAGAAUAUUGCACUAUCGUGGGGAGCAUACGUAGCUGUCCUAGCGGGAGUGUUCUGGUCCUUUUGAUGGUCGAUUUGUUGGAUUUGCCCUGUUCAAUAGUUCCCGAUUUGCUGUCCCUUGUCGGGGAACAGAAGCGCAUCAUAGUGUUAGGAAACAAAAUCGACCUGUUGCCGGGGGAUUCUAAAAACUAUCUUAAGCGGAUUCGACAGCAGGUGUUAGACUGCUGUGUAGCGGCGAACAUUAAAGCUGAAAAUAUAGAAGAUGUGCAUUUGAUCAGUGCAAAAACGGGAUAUGGUGUGGAAAGGCUGAUCUCUAGCCUCCAGAGUUCAUGGAAAUACAAAGGCGACGUUUACUUGGUUGGGGCAACAAAUACUGGCAAAUCCACUCUCUUCAAUACCUUUUUGGAGUCUGAUUAUUGUAAAUCGAAAGCAUCGGAUAUUAUUCGCAGAGCCACGAUAUCACCGUGGCCAGGCACCACUUUAAAUCUGCUGAAAUUUCCUAUCAUUAAUCCCACACCAUAUAGAAUGUUCAGGAGGCUGGAACGUCUGAAAGCAGAUGCUGUGCAAAUGGAAGAACAACUCUCUGAAGAAGAACAAAGACAUCUUAAUCAUCUAAGAAAACAAGGAUAUUUAAUAGGCAGAAUUGGUAGGACGUUCCACAGCACUCCUUCAAAGUCAAAAGGUGAAGAGAUGUUUGAAUUCGACCCAGAUGCACUCUCCUUAAGCAGUGAAGAGGAGAAACCAGAGUGUUCCCAUUUGCACACAUCCUUAGAAGUAGCAUUUACACCAAAUGAGCUCAAAUUUGCACACUGGUUUUACGAUACUCCUGGCAUUAUGAAAGAUUAUUGUGUUUUGAACCACCUGAAUGAAAAAGAAUUAAAAAUUGUUGUGCCUUCUCGUGCAAUCAUUCCUAGAACCUUUAUACUGAAGCCUGGUAUGGUUCUUUUCUUAGGGGCUUUAGGACGCAUUGACUUUCUUAAGGGAGAAAAUUCUGCCUGGUUUUCAGUCAUUGCAUCAAACUUGCUGCCAGUUCACAUUACUACUUUAGAGAAAGCAGAUGACAUCUACCAGAGACAUGCAGGGAAAACAUUACUUCAGGUCCCAAUAGGAGGUGAAGAGAGAAUGAUGACAUUUCCACCACUGGUGCCGCAAGAGGUUACUCUAAAGGGGAUUGGACCACUUGAGGCUGUUGCUGACAUCAAAUUGUCAUCUCUUGGUUGGGUAGCUGUAACCGCUCAGAUGAAUGACCAUUUGGAAUUACAGGCCUAUGUUCCUGCAGGAAAAGGACUGAUGGUGCGUCAGCCUCCUCUUUUACCCCACAUAGUGAACAUCAAAGGUGAGCGUAUUCGAAAGUCACCAGCUUACAAAACAAAGAAGCCAGAACCACUAGUAGAAAACCUAAAGCACAAAUCCUGAGGCAAAAAAAAAACCUAUGAAAAAUAUUAAAGAACUAGAAUUUUAAACGUGCAAAGUUCAGGAAGAGCAUUGUAUUGCUGUAAUGGACACAAAGCUAAUGUAAUUAUUUGCACAAAUCUGUAUAUUGCCUUAGCAAACUAUUUCUCACAGCUGUCACUACUCCAGUAAAUGGAUGAUACAGGAAGAAGACAGGUGAAUUCUGAACUCAUUGUUAAAAUUUCAUGAUGCAAUAAACCAUAUAUUUUGUUUUCGUUUAA